GACCUCCAACGCUACCACGUCUCCUCUCCACCCACACCAGCCCAACAAACCUACGCCCAUCGCUACUUCCAAAACCCAGCUUCCCCUCCCAUCCAUCUCUGGACCGCCGCCAAAUUCUCCACAAUACCUCGAUCCCCAUACCCCGAAGUGUGUUUCGUAGGCCGCUCCAAUGUCGGAAAGUCUUCCCUCUUGAACGCAGUGUUCGGCCGUCCUAAAGAGAAAAUCGCAAGAGUGAGCAGCAAGGCUGGACAUACGAAGACGCUUAACGCGUUUGGCGUAGGAGGCAGUCAAAGAGACACAGCAGCCAAAGAACCACUUAAGCAAUUGGUUGCAGGAGCUUUGGUGGUGGUAGACACACCUGGAUACGGCUACCACUCUCGUCAAGAAUGGGGCCCCGAAAUUAACAAAUUCUUCGAAAAGAGAAGGCAAUUGCGUAAAGUUUUUCUACUUGUCGACGCUUUACACGGUAUCAAACCUAGAGAUCUUGUGUUGCUGCAACAUUUCGAGACUGUGGGGAUUGAUUAUCAAAUCAUUCUGUCCAAAGUGGAUAGGAUAGUUAUGACGGACUCUAAAGUCCCUGGAGCUGAGAAACUCGCCCGUCAAGUCGCUAAACUUGACAAAAUUUACCAAGAGGUGGAAGAACAGUUGAGUACACUGGAUGAAGGCAAGAGGAGGAAGAAAAGAGAUGUUCUGGCUGCGAGUGCUGAGAAACAGAUUAAAGGACUGCAAGGGUGGGGUGGUGGUGCAAAGAUUGGGAUUGAAGCUGUGAGGUGGGCUGUUCUCAAGGCUUGUGGACUGGAU